UCAACGAAACAGGUUCUUUCGGAGGGGAAUUCGGCUUUCUGGACUGGCGCAAGACUGAAUGGGAGAUGGGAAUGGGGAAGGCCGAGAGGCACCAAAGGCGGGCGGCGGCCUUGUUUACCGGCUUUGGUUUUCUGCCGCUCCGCUCCUUUUUGCCCCUCCGAUAACCCAUUUCCCCGACGACCAACAACACCACUACCACCGUCUUUACAACCCCACGGCAUCAUGGCGGACGCACAGAAGCAGAUGCAGGCUCUCACUGAUGAGUUUCAGGCGUUGCAGACUGAGCUCGAUGGCCUUGUCGAUGCGCGUCAGAAGCUCGAAUCACAGCAGCAGGAAAACCUAGGUGUUCAGAAGGAAUUCGAUUCUCUUGAUGACGAGGCGAACAUCUACAAGUUGAUCGGACCGGUUCUGCUGAAGCAAGACAAGAACGAGGCCUUGAUGGCUGUCAAGGGUCGUCUCGAGUUUAUUGAGAAGGAGAUCAAGCGGAUUGAGGGACACAUCCAGGAGAACCAGGACAAGGCUGAUAACAAGCGCAGUGAGAUUGUCCAGUUCCAAACUCAACUCCAACAAGCGGCGGCUGCUUCUGCUUGAGCAUAGACACAUCACACCACCAGUACCAUUGGUGGAUGACGGUGCCUAUCUUUUUUUCAAGCUAGGAUGGCAAGAUGUACUACGUGCUGGUGAAUUUAAGCGCAGCCAAUAUGCCCGAUGGGUCCCAGGCGAUGAUGAACGUCACCUCCGAGGUCAUGCGGAAGAAGUCACCGAUGAUGAGGGGCUCACCAGUGGCGGAGCUACUUUGUGCGAUGGGCCCCUGGGCCAACACAACAGGGUUAGGAGGCUCUAGGUACCCUUGUUAGUGAUUGUUGCGAACAUUUUAGAUGACUAUACAGAUUUUGCGUAGUCAAUCCGGCCCUCUGUGGACCCAGCAUGGUUCCUACAAUAUGAGGAUGCCGUACUUGAUCGAAACAUAAUUGAAUACAUGUAUGUAGUUCGGAUGGAGCUUUGACACCUUCAAAAGUGUCUUGUGUAUGAGAUUGGAGACGUCUAAUAAACCAAGCUAUGUACUAAAU